CGUUGAGCCCAUUCGAGCUUAUAGAGUCUUUAACCUAGUUUUAUACCUUCAUAGCUGCAUCUCUCAGCGAAAGCUUCCCCAGAGAGAGCGGCGCUGCGAACAAUGGGAGCCUACACUUACGUUUCGGAGCUAUGGAGGAAGAAACAAUCAGAUGUAAUGAGGUUCUUGCUGAGGGUGAGGUGCUGGGAGUACCGACAGCUUCCCUCCAUUGUGCGUGUCACCAGGCCUACUCGCCCCGAUAAGGCUCGCCGCCUCGGCUACAAAGCCAAACAGGGCUAUGUUGUCUACCGUGUACGUGUGAGACGUGGAGGGAGAAAGAGGCCUGUUCCAAAGGGUAUUGUUUAUGGAAAACCCACAAACCAGGGUGUUACUCAGCUGAAGUUUCAGCGGAGUAAACGCUCAGUUGCUGAGGAGCGUGCUGGCAGGAAAUUGGGUGGCCUCAGGGUUCUCAACUCUUAUUGGAUUAAUGAGGACUCAACGUACAAGUAUUUUGAAGUGAUCUUGGUUGAUACAGCCCAUGCUGCUAUCCGUAACGAUCCUAGGAUCAACUGGCUUUGUAACCCUGUCCACAAGCACAGAGAGCUUCGUGGACUCACCUCAGCUGGGAAGAAAUACAGAGGUCUUCGUGGAAGGGGACACUUGCACCACAAAGCUCGACCUUCAAGGAGGGCCACGUGGAAGAGGAACCAGACACUGUCUCUUCGCCGCUAUCGUUAAUCCUGGAAUCAUUUUUGCCGUUUCUGUUACCUGCCUGGUUUGUUAUGGGAAUUAUAGACUGUCUGGAAGAAAAAAAACAGUUGCAAUCAUUUUAUCAGAUGUCUUUGCUAGUUCUCCAGUGAUGCUUUGUUUGACUAUAAACUCUGCAACAUGGUAACUCCCUUGAGAUUGUUUUCUAGUUAAAUUUUCUUGAUAUUAUUUUUAUAUC